AUGGGUAAACCUAAUUUACAUAAGGUUCUUAAGGCAUUAGAGAGGAUUCAUUUACCAAAAAAUCCGUUAAACGAAACCAAUCUCCCUUAUCCGCUUGCCUCAGGCGUUUCUGUGCAUGAUUAUAACUCUUUCAUUGAAAAUCAAGAGUCAAGUGUAUACAAAUUUGAAUACAAAAACGGCACCGUAAAUAUAGUCGAAAUGAGCUCACCUGAGCACGAAGCUGUUGUUGAUGUGCUGAGAUACUAUUUUUGUGCUCACAACCCUCCUGCUAUCACCCCUCCUAAUGCACCAAUACAAGUUUCCGGUACUCCAUUACAUCACUCACCAGCUAGAGAUGGAGGUAGAAUUUCUCCAGAUCUUGCUGUCUAUCCACAUCCAAACUUCGUUCCAGCACCUCCUGUCCCACAUCCUGGACCACCACCUAGAGCAAGAGACCGAUCAAUAAAGGCCACACUUUGGCGACAAGGAGUUCAAAAGCAAACAUGGAGAUUUGGCACCGUGAAUAAAGAUGGAACCCCUACUGGCGCUUCUGGUUGUAAUGGCCCGAACGAUCCUAACUAUAUAAUCGCGAUCCCCGUUAGCGACGUAUUUUACGAUCCUGUAAUUCCUGCAAUUGGAUACGCACCACUGCCUCCUCCUCCUCCAGCAUUGAUGAAUGCUAUUUUUAGAAUCGACUUAUACGAAGUUCAACAGAUGGUUUUAAUGCGUCAACAAAA